AUGUUUUUUAAAUCUACAGGAGGAAAUGGACAACGAAAGUUAACACUUGUCCCUAUGGACAUGGAGGGCUAUAAUGGCCGGCAGCUGCGUGCAGCAUCCAAUAAUGGGAGAAAUGUCCUGUUCAUUGUCCCUCUCCAACAGGAGUUGGACACUGAACCCCUCCCUUUCGAUGCUGCAGAAUUUUCGAAAAUGCCGCAGGUACCGUGCCACAUUUGUGGCACCACAAUACCGCUACAGUUGUUGGCUUUACAUGCAGACAGCUGCGAACCACCAACCAAAAAAAUGACAGAUGUGGUAAUCCUUGAGGACAGUGACCCAAGUCAUGCUUUAGAAGAGAAGGGACCAGAUAUGGAGGUUCCUGGAACAUCAUCUGGGAAUUUGCUUGAGACUCAAACCAACUUGUAUUCAACUGCAAAACCAACGGAAUGGAAGAAAGCAAAAGGUCCAGCAGAAGCCAUACAGCUGUUUUGUAAGGACCUGAGGAAAGGAGGACAGGAUCUAAGACCUUUGCUGCUGACCCUGGAUGCUGAAGACGGUGAAGAGGGGCGCGACAGUGCUCUCAUCUGUUUUUACAAAGACCGAUAUGAUAAGCAACAAUGGAGUGCACCCUUCAAAUGUCGCAUUUCAGGAGAUGCAGCCGUUGGCGUUGGAGUAACAAGACACAUAUUGUCAUCGGUUAUUCACAAAUUAAAGCAUGGAUUCAAGAAGAACUUAGGAAAUGCCGCUCUCACAACAUUGUUUGAAGGCGAAAUGGACCACCGUGUUCCUACCCUCUCGGUAGCAAUCCUCGAAUGUGAUCUUUUUAGCAUGGCUGGGAGAAUGAUUGGCCAUUCAGCCAUUCACGGCGGCCCUCCAUUUGCUGGACUUAGUGCAGCUGUGAUUGAUGCCUUGGUUUAUGGGACCAGAGAGAUUGCCACAACAAAGCUCUCUCUUGAGGACUGUGUAGAUCUAGACCACCGACAAACAAUUGGACUGUUACUGAAGGAUGAUUUGAGCGAUGAAGACUCGACAAGAAUAAAAAACCUAUGCAUGGAGUGGUACCUUCCAGUACUAACUAAGGACACAAACAAAGUUUUACUUUUCCAACAGCUGCUCUGUCAUGCUGUUCUUGGCAGAGCUAACGAGCAAAUCAAACAACUCAGAAAGGGGUUGAAGGAAACAGGCAUUUGGCCUCUCCUUGUUUGUCGACCGGAUACUAUACCUCUACUGUUUCCUCGAGAGCAAGAAGUGACCAUCACUUCCAAAGCGAUUCUUGAAAGUAUCAAAUGGCCCUAUUCUGAAAAAAGGGACGACAGUGACAGUGACAGCGACAAUGAUGUGCCUGUUGAAACAGUCAGUGUUACCACAGGUUUCUUGAGAACCUUUAUUGAACAAGCAUCUUCAGACCACCUGCGCCAGCUGCUGAAAUUCUGGAUCGGGUGGGAGGUGCCUGUAGGAAGAUUAAAACUACAAGUUGUAAAAUCAAGAGGGAUGAACCAUCUCCCAACCUCAAGCACUUGUUUCGAACGCCUUCGAAUUCCGAACCAUUAUAAAACUUACCAGGCUUUUAAAGCUGAUAUCAUGGCUUGUUUGGAAUCUGUGGAAAGUGGUUUUGGGCUUGUGUAG